AAGAUGGCAGCCUCCUUGUGGCUGAGCAACUGCAGCCGGGCAACUGCGAGCCUCCUGCUAGGCAGGAGGGUAGCGCGGGGGGCUCUUGGUUCCCGACCCCACGCGAUGGGCUGGAGGUUUCUGCAUGGGACCCCGGACCUGUGGGGUACCCCUGCUGUUAAAAUCCUCAUGCCUGCACUGUCACCUACAAUGGAAGAAGGAAAUAUAGUUAAAUGGCUGAAAAAGGAAGGAGAAACAGUGAAUGUUGGAGAUGCUUUGUGUGAAAUUGAAACAGAUAAAGCUGUGGUUACCAUGGAAUCAAGUGAUGAUGGCAUAUUAGCUAAAAUAAUGAAGGAAGAAGGAAGUAAAAAUGUACGUUUGGGUUCUCUAAUUGGCUUGCUGGUAGAAGAAGGACAAGACUGGAAGCAAGUUGAAAUUCCAAGUGAUGUGGAUGAUGCACCUUCCUUGGCUAUGCCAGUAGGAGCAGCAGCGGCAGCAGCCACGCCUAUUCCCACCCCUGAGGCUGCUGCUGCUUCAGUGCAUCAACUAGGACACCAUCCUGGAAAACUACAGUUUCGCUUAAGUCCUGCUGCCCGCAAUAUUCUGGAUACACAUGGACUUGAUGCAAGUCAGCUCACACCCUCAGGUCCUCGAGGAAUUUUCACUAAGGAGGAUGCCCUCAAACUUUUAGCUCAGAAGGGAAAAUCUGAAGCAAAGCCAACUGUUUCUUUACCUCCACCACAACCUAGAGUGCCCUUAGCCCCACCACCAGCAAGCAUGCCUGCUCCUGCCUUACGCUCUUCAGUUCCACCUGUUUCAGUGCCAGGACGGCCUGCUUCCAUGGACACAUUCACUGAAGUCCCUGCUAGCAACAUUAGAAGAGUUAUUGCUAAGAGGCUAACAGAAUCUAAAACUACUGUACCACAUGCGUAUGCAAGUGCUGAUUGUGACCUUGGUGCUGUUCUGAAGCUAAGGCAAGAGCUGGCAAAAGAUGAUAUUAAAGUAUCGGUAAAUGACUUUAUUAUCAAGGCAACAGCAGUUACCCUCAAACAAAUGCCAGAUGUGAAUGUGACUUGGGAUGGAGAGGGCCCCCGGCAGCUGCAGUCUAUAGAUAUUUCUGUUGCAGUGGCAACAGACCGAGGUCUCAUUACACCAAUCAUAAAAGAUGCUGCAGCAAAAGGUAUUCAGGAAAUUUCUGCUUCUGCAAAGGCUCUAGCAAAGAAAGCAAGAGAUGGAAAGUUGUUACCACAAGAAUAUCAAGGAGGAUCUUUUAGCAUUUCAAAUCUAGGUAUGUUUGGAAUCAGUAGCUUCAUUGCAGUCAUAAACCCUCCUCAAGCCUGUAUCUUAGCUGUGGGACAAGCUCGAGUAGAGCUUGGAAUUGUGGUGGACCAGGAUGGAAAUGAGAAACUUCAGCAGCAACAGCUUAUGACAGUAACACUGUCAAGUGAUGGCCGAGUGGUAGAUGAUGAACUAGCUUCAAAAUUUCUAGAAAACUUUAAAGCUAACUUGGAAAAUCCUGUCCGCCUUUCCUUGUGCUAAAGUGGUCAAGAUUUGGUCCUCAUCUUGGCAAAAUAUGGAUAUGGAACUACAUAAGGAGAUAAAAGGAAAGUAAGUAUAAAAGAUAGGAAGAUACAUGUAGUGUGAGAUGGACAAUUAAACUGUUUAUUUAUUUGAAUUAACUUAAAAGACUUCUAGAGAUUUACAUCUCUUGAAUUUUAUAUGCUGAACUACUAUUAAACAUAUUGAACUAUAAAACUGUUUUAGAGCCAAUUGCACAAUCAACUCUAAUAUGCAGGUGCUUGUACCAGAUGUGGGUAUAUUGGAUAAGCCUGAAUGGGUAUAUCUCUGUGAAAAGUAAUAAAAGGGAACAAAACCAUCCUUUCCUUCAGGGCUAAACUUCUUUCAGAGUAAGACAAAAUUGCUUUUAAGUCUAGUCAGCCUAGGAUGUCAGCAUGCAAUUAGUCUGUGUCAAUGCUGCUGCUGUUUAAUAGAGAAAGAGAGUGUUCCAGUUAGAACUGGGAUCAGCUAUGAUAAUCUGAGAGCUUUGCUUGGAAUUCUUUUGAUGGUUCUCAUAUCAUAGGUGCAGUGGCUUCCAUGAUGUUACAAUAUUUAAGGGAUGUAACAAGUAUAGUGGGCUGAGACUGAAUCAUAUAGCAAAUAUAAGUGGAUGAAAUUUGUAUGAUUGUUUAAUAACAAUUCCUUUCACCUGCUUGGAAAUGCACACAGUAUUAAAAGUGAGCAUGAAUAUCAAAGUUCUUA